UAAGCUAAUUGUUCAAAUAAACUCGUCUUGCCUCUGGAAGUGUUCAGAGAGAAAAGGCGAUCAUAAAUUAACGUUUAGGGAAGAGGAGAAAUUCGAAAUAAUUAAAUCAUAAAUUUAAUUCAUAUGAAAUAUUUCCCUAAAACAAUGACGUAACCAAAACUACCUUCACUCAUACAUGCAUAACUCUGCUCACGUGCACCCGCAUUUCCAUAUCUUAUUCUACUCGAGUUGUGUGCGCGUGAGACGCCCGUACUCGUGGCGCGCGCGUUUAAGCGGGUUUGACAUUUCUCACGUGGAGCGCUGAUAGGCUGGGGAGGAAGAGAGAGCAGGCAGGAGGAGAGCAAAGGAGAAGGAGGAGGUGGAAGGAGAAGUGAAUCCCAUCUCUUUAUAUGAGCGCAGAGAGGAACGACCCCUUCCCGUCAUUCGGUUCUUCUCUCCCCGGGGCGGACUGAGAGCUCUCCGGGACCAUGGAGGAUGUGUACCCGUACACCCGCAGCCCUGCCUGGGAGGAACUGGAGCCGGAAAAAGGGCCGGCGUCCACGGCAGGGAUCCAUGCCAAUGUGGUGGGGGCGGUCCCCAGCUCAGGGGCUGCGGACGAGUCGUCUGACAGCGAGGCAGAGCAGGAAGGACCCCAAAAACUCAUCCGGAAAGUGUCCACUUCAGGGCAGAUCAGGAGCAAGACGAGCAUAAAGGAGGGGUUGUUGCUGAAACAGACAAGCUCGUUCCAAAGGUGGAAAAAACGCUACUUCAAACUGAGAGGGCGAACUCUCUACUACGCCAAAGAUGCCAAGUCCCUUAUCUUUGACGAGGUGGACCUGUCGGACGCCAGUGUUGCAGAGUCAAGCACAAAGAAUGUCAACAACAGCUUCACGGUGAUCACUCCAUUCCGUAGGCUCAUCCUCUGUGCCGAGAACAGGAAAGAGAUGGAGGACUGGAUCAGCUCGCUUAAGUCCGUCCAGUCUAGGGAGCACUACGAGACGGCGCAGUUUAAUGUGGAACAUUUCUCAGGGAUGCACAACUGGUACGCCUGCUCCCAUGCACGGCCCACCUUCUGCAACGUCUGUAAAGAUAGUUUAUCCGGGGUCACAUCUCACGGCCUCUCCUGUGAAGUGUGCAAAUUCAAGGCACAUAAACGCUGUGCAGUCAGAGCCACUAACAACUGUAAAUGGACCACGCUGGCCUCCAUAGGGAAGGAUAUCAUUGAGGAUGAAGAUGGGAUUGCAAUGCCUCAUCAGUGGUUGGAAGGUAACCUGCCUGUCAGUGCCAAGUGUGCAGUGUGCGAUAAGACGUGUGGCAGCGUGCUGAGGCUGCAAGACUGGCGCUGUCUUUGGUGCAAAGCUAUGGUGCAUACAGCCUGUAUGGAUCUGUACCCUAGGAAGUGUCCUCUCGGUCAGUGCAAAGUCUCCAUCAUCCCCCCCACAGCGCUCAACAGCAUCGACUCAGACGGCUUCUGGAAAGCCACCUGUCCCCCAUCCUGUGCCAGCCCUCUCCUCGUCUUUGUCAACUCCAAAAGUGGAGACAACCAGGGAGUGAAAUUCCUGCGACGCUUCAAGCAGCUCCUCAACCCGGCUCAGGUCUUUGACCUGGUCAACGGAGGGCCGCACCUGGGUCUGCGGCUGUUUCAGAAGUUUGAUAACUUCAGGAUCCUGGUUUGUGGAGGAGAUGGCAGCGUGGGCUGGGUCCUCUCAGAGAUCGACAAACUCAACCUUCACAAACAGUGCCAGCUCGGGGUCUUACCUCUGGGUACAGGUAAUGAUCUGGCCCGGGUGUUGGGUUGGGGCCCGUCCUGCGACGAUGACACCCAGCUGCCUCAGAUCCUGGAGAAGCUGGAGAGGGCGAGCACCAAGAUGCUUGACCGCUGGAGCAUCAUGACUUACGAGAUCAAGAUCCCACCCAAACACAGCUGCCCCACAACGCCUGAGGGAGCCGACGACUGCCAGUUUCACAUUGCGGCCUAUGAAGAUUCAGUAGCAGCUCAUCUCACAAAGAUCCUGAACUCGGAGCAGCACUCAGUGGUCAUCUCCUCUGCAAAGAUCCUCUGUGAAACAGUGAAGGACUUUGUUGCCAAAGUUGGGAAGGUGUACGAGAAAAGUACAGAGAAUGCUGAAGAGUGUGACACCAUGUCUCUUAAAUGUGGCAUCCUGAACGAGAAGCUGGACUCUCUCCUGCAGACGUUAAACACCGAGUGCCAGGCUCUUCCUCCGCUCCCUCACUCCACGCCUCCAAUUGUUGAGGAGGAGCAGGAAGACGACGAUGAGGAAGAUGAGGAAGAGGAGGCGAGCGAGGAGAGCCUGACGGAGCUGAAAGAGAAGCUGGAGGAGGAGGAGACGGAGAAAGGAGGAGGAGGUUCCCCACACCAGCUGUUUAAAAGCAGAGAGCAACUGAUGCUCAGAGCCAACAGUCUGAAGAAGGCUGUGAGGCAGAUCAUCGAGCAGGCCGAGAGAGUGGUGGACGAGCAGAACGCCCACACAGAGGACACCGAGCUUCCGUCUCCCAUCGAGUUCAGGAAGGACAGCGAGGAGGAGAACAGAGACAGCGAGAAGGACGAGGACACAAAGGAGCUUGAAGCGGUGCCACCUGCAAAGAGUCCGUGUUCACCGACAGAGAGGAGGGUGAGCCGCAGCACCCAGUCAUGUGGCUCCUUCACCAUUACACCGUUCACCACCAGCAAGGAGAAUCUACCUGUGCUCAACACGCGGAUCAUCUGCCCCGGUUUGCGAGCAGGUCUGGCAGCCUCCAUCGCUGGCAGCUCCAUCAUCAGCAAGAUGUUACUCGCCAAUAUCGACCCCUUUGGUGCCACGCCCUUCAUCGACCCUGACCUUGACUCCCUAGAGGGCUACAUGGAGAAGUGUGUCAUGAAUAACUACUUCGGCAUCGGCCUGGAUGCAAAAAUCUCACUGGAGUUCAACAACAAGCGAGAGGAGCAUCCAGAGAAAUGCAGGAGUCGCACCAAGAACAUGAUGUGGUACGGUGUUCUGGGCACGAAGGAGCUUCUGCAGAGAACCUACAAGAACCUGGAGCAGAAGGUGCAGCUGGAGUGUGACGGCCAGUACAUCCCUCUGCCCAGCCUUCAGGGGAUCGCAGUCUUAAACAUUCCCAGCUACGCAGGCGGGACCAACUUCUGGGGCGGCACCAAGGAGGAUGACAUCUUCUGUGCCCCAUCCUUUGAUGAUAAGAUCCUGGAGGUGGUUGCAGUGUUUGGGAGCAUGCAGAUGGCUGUGUCCAGAGUCAUCAAGCUGCAGCACCACCGUAUUGCACAGUGUCGGACAGUGAAGAUCACCAUCCUGGGUGACGAGGGAGUUCCCAUUCAGGUAGACGGGGAGGCGUGGAUCCAACCACCUGGAGUCAUAAAGAUCCAGCACAAGAACAGGGCGCAGAUGCUCACCAGAGACAGGGCGUUUGAGAACACGCUGAAGUCAUGGGAGGACAAACUGAAGUACGAUAAGCCUCCUCUGAGGCCUCACCUCUACCCACAACAGUCUGUGGACCUGGCCACAGAGGAGGAGGCCAGCCUGGUGCAGAUGUGUGCCCGUGCUGCAGAGGAGCUCAUCACGAGGAUCUGUGAGGCUGCAAAGACUUACGGGCUAUUGGAACAGGAGCUGGCUCAUGCUGUUAACGCUGCAUCUCACGCCAUCAACAAAACACAUCCCAAGUUCCCAGAGAGUCUAACCAGGAACACAGCGAUAGAAGUGGCGAGCACCGUGAAGGCUCUGUACAACGAGACAGAGUCUUUGCUGGUGGGACGAGUCUCUCUGCAACUGGACCCUCCAGAAGAGGAGCAGCUGUCCAGUGCUCUGCAGAGUGUGGAGCUGGAACUGGGCAAACUGGGAGAGAUCCCAUGGCUCUACCACAUACUGCAGCCCAAUGAUGAGGAGGUUGACUGUGCUUAUGUACCAGGACCAUACUCUGGGUUACGGCAAGAGGAACAGUCGCAGCAGCAUGUUUCGCAUAGUGCCCAAGUUCAAGAAGGAGAAGGCGGCCAAGAAGACGAGCCCACAGUCAGUGGAGAGAUGGGGCACAGAGGAGGUGGGCGUCUGGCUGGAGCAGCUGAGUCUCGGGGAAUACAGGGACACCUUCAUCCGACACGACAUCCGCGGCUCGGAGCUGCUGCACCUGGAAAGGAGAGACCUGAAGCUGACCAAUAACCUGAGCUGUGUUGCUUUCCCCUUCUACUACAGAAACUGUCUGUAGUGGGACCUUCAAACCUUGUUGAUUUUGUCCCAAAAGUGUAAGUAAUGUUUCAUGACAGCAGAUCAUCUCUUGCUGUCUUUUCUGUAAAUCUUUGCAAGAGGAAAUUUGACAUCAUGUUCAAUUUCACCUUUAACUUUAUUGUUCUCUGAGGUAAAUAUGCUUCCCAGACAUAUUAAACCUAACCUGACUCGCCAGAAAUGUUUCAUAUCUCCAUAUGUUUCAGAUCUGUCUGAACAAAUCCGGUGUCCGGUGAGGACAGAACCUUACAAAAAACUCUCAGGAGGUGAUUGGACAAGUGAUCUGUCUGUCGUGUUCGUUACAAGCCAAUCAGAGCGACAAGACAAAAUGAUGUAGGAGACAUGCCCUGGUAAAGUGGUAAACACUCUACAUGAUUAUGGUGCUGAUCAUCGAGCUGAAUGUUCCCUCCUGACCACAUUUAGCAAAGGCCAGAUUACCGAAUGGAUUGUAAAAUUAUUCUGCCAGAUUAUCCUGUGGGGUGUAGUGUGUUUAGUUAAUGUUUCCCUCUAGGACCUGAUCAGAGGCACUCCGACUCAACAUCAUAAAUAUUUCAUAUGUUAUAUGUGACAUGAGUAGAAUUAUGACAUAGAACCAAGAAUGAACCAAUCAGGAAGCGAGCUGACUGAAGAAGGAAGGAGGAAUUUGGAAUUAACUGCGUGUGAAGCCAUGUGAGCUUUCAUGUGUUUUGCACUCAGCAGAGGCUUCCAUCUAGCCACUCUACCAUAAAGCUCAGAUCAGUAGAGGGCUGCAGUGAUGCUUGUCCUUCUGGAACUUUCUCCCAUCUCCACUCAGGAUCUUUGGAUCUCAGUCAGUUACCAUCAGGUUCUUGGUCACCUCUCUUUCUAAGGCUGGCCACACACUAUUUUUAAAUCUUAAAUGAUUUUAAAAACGUGGUAGACCACAGACAUAAGGAAUAUUGCAAAUGCUUUUUCAUCUUCAGUCCUCUGAAUGCACACAUCAGACAACUCAGCCAGACUGUGAGUCUACAGAGACCACACACCUGUUGACCUGUAUGUAUGUCUAUCAAUAUCAUCAGCUUGCUGUCCUUUCACCACAGGCUGUGUUACAGGUGCAGAAAAAAUUAUAAAACAAGGAAAAAAUCAGGAUGAAAUCCCAGCUGGAAUGAAGGUACAGCUGUGUUUAUGUCUGUGAGAGGUUAAAGUAUGAUCUGGCUGAUGACGCUACCGGCUCUGCUCACUCUCAUUGGUGGUUGUGGCACUUAAAAUCAUAAAUAACACGUUUGAUAUUUACGAUUCAGAGUCUGGGAGGCUAUGACACAAUUUGGAGCAGUAAAACAACCGUGUUGACAGCACAUAUGAUGAUUAUUCAGACAAUCGUUUGCGAUGAGGCUCCACUCAGGAUACACCCCCAUGAUCAUCGUGGGAGGAAAGUCAUUUACAUUGUUGUUGCAAAGGGUCUGAAAGUCUGUAAAAACCAAGCGAGCAAGAUGGCCUAGUGUCAAGUUUAGCAGGGUAUUAGCAACAUCUGCAACACCUCUGCUUGCGUGGGUCUGAGCUGCUCUGACUUAUUUAUUUAUGUAAUUGGACUACAAACUCUUAUUUUGUCCCAUUUCAUAGCCAUCACUCCCAAGCAACAAUGUCAACAACAUUGUCCAACAUUAGAUAGGAAUCAAAUAGAACAGUAGAUGCUAAACUAAAUUAUGAGGACCAUUAGAGAUCUAAUUAUUUCUUAUGCUUGGAGUCCAGGAUGUGAUUGUUUUAAGGACUUAUAAAAUAUUUACUUAUGUCUUGUUACUUGUCUUCUCACUCCUGUGUGCCCUCUGUGUUUGCACACAGUCCUGCAGUCUCAUGCCCUUAUAUGGGCAUACAAGUGGUGUGGCUCUCUGCUCAAUAGAAAAAAACAUGCACAAGCCUCCAGUUUACAAGGACAUGGUGUCAAUCAGUUUAAGAACAUAUGUGCAAACAAAAAAAAUCUCACAAACCUAAUGGAGAUUUCCCUUAGAAACAUUGUGAAGAACAAAUUUAGAAAGAAAAACGCCCAAAGUUUGGCUGUAACGCCUUAAUCUCUUUGUGUUUUAAUGUGUUUGCCCUCCUGUUCCUCCUCAGGAUCUGGGGAUAUCGAAAGUGGGUCAUAUGAAGAGAAUCCUCCAGGGAACUAAGGACCUGGCCAAGGCCUCCAUGGUCGACAUCUAACCCGGAUGCAGGCGCAUUCGGUGAGGGGAAUGUGACGUUCCCCUCGCAUCAGUUUGGGAGCACCGUGUGCAGUGAAGAAGAGGAUGAUGGGAAUCAAAGGAGAGCUGGACUUGAAAGGCUUGGCUGAUGUUUGUCCGUUCUUUGGUGCCAAAAUGACUGUUUGAAGAAAGCUGAUGGAAGAGCAGAAGGAAGUCAUGGAUCUUCACAAAAAGCCAUUAAUAAGUCAAUAACCAUUCAUAGCACACAAUCAGGUAUGCAACUAACUACACUGUCAACAGCUGACUUGAGUUGUGUUAACAAACUUGUAGCAAAACCAGGACUUCCAUUAGCGUGGGGUUAGGAUUCAGUUGGGUAGCGUGUAAAGAAGUGAAGAAGCCUCUGGCUGCAGAGUUGCAGACGUGUUAAGAGAACACUGUCGCAUGUUAUGCUUGCUUGACUUAAAUAUGUUUAACUGCAUGAUUAGUGUCUUGAUUUUUUUUGUGUGCAGAAUAACACUUGAACAAAUUUUACAUGACUUAAGUAUUACGAUGCCAUUUGUUACUACUGAAGCAUCUUUUUGGUCUAAAUCCAACCUUUUUUUGUAGCUUUAAUUUAUUUUGUUUGCAUGACAAUGACGUGUCAAAGAUUUGUGUCAAGUGCCAUACUUUCAAUCAUUUAGUGUAAAACGUGCUUUAUUGGUAGACAUCUUAUGAAGUUUUGUUAAAGCUAUGAUGAGGUAUGAAUAUGUGGAAUUAUUAUCGGUAAGUUGACACGUUUAUUGUGGAUGUGAAAUCAGUACCUAAGUGAAUGUCUAAGAAAAACAUGAUUUAAUGAUGAGUUUUUUCAGAACGCACCUCUUAUUUUCAAUAAUUUCAUUUUAAGAAGGUGGAUUGUAAAUUUUUUUUUCAAUCUGGGUCUUAUUUUUCAUAACUUAGGGGGAUCUAAGGCUUGUAGGUUUAUAAAAUGUUGGACUGACCUGGGGUUGAUUAAUCUAGCCAGUGGCUGCAAAACUCUUUUAAACAGGUUGUGUAAUCCUUGCAGAAUAAUGCACAAAACCAAAGUACGACGGCAAAAAGUUGUAGGUUUUUUUCACUGACAGACUAUAAUUGUUGCUCUGUGGUGCACUGAUUAAGAAAAUGGCCACUCUUUCCAGUUGCUCCAUUUUAAAAUGGUUGGUUCAAACCUAAUGUUGAUCAUUGAACUCAUAAUGCAAUCAGUAGUCAGCAAUGUCUGCCUGGAGCCAAACAAAAAAGUGCCAGGUGCUAAGUACUAUUCUAAUAGAAACUAUUUUUUAAAAUGUAGAGUUGAUGCAGUCUGCACUGCUGGGGGGUUAGAGUGCCCAGGUCUGCACCCUUACCUGCUGCCUGGUCUUCAUUGCACCCGACCUCCAUGCCUAUCCCUGCAGCUGGUGGGCCCACAAGGUGGCGGCACCAUGUUGUCUUUUCGGGCUGAGUCCCCUGGAGAGAAGCCAGACGUUCACUGUCAUGUUAGCCCACAGGUCUGGAUCCAAGGGGUAACCAUGGUUUCCCUUUUCCGGGUGAGGUAGUUUUAGUCUGUGGUCUCCAAUUUGUGAGGGGUUUGUUGAAUCGCUGCUCUUUGUCAGGACCCUCCUCUGGGACCGGUUCGCCUUGGAAGACCCUACCAGAGGCUAAUGCCCCAGACAACACAGCUACUGGGUUCACUUGGACACAAACCCAUUCACCACAAUAAGGUGGCGAUUCUGUAGUCAUGACCGAAAGAAUGAGAUUGUGGAUACAAGUUGAUACGUUAUUCCCUGGCAUGGUGUCUGGACUCAGCUUUAGAGAAAGUGUGAGGAGUCCAGACAUCUGGAGGGAUCAAGGAGCAGAGGCACUCCAGUUGAGGUGGUUUGGGCAUCUGAUCAGGAUGCGUCCUGUGGAGGUAUUCCAGGCAUGGCCAACUAGGAGGAGACCCCUGGGUAAACCUGGAACUUGCUUGAGGGAUUAUAUGUCCCAUCUGGCCUGGAAGCGCCUUAGAAUCCCUCAAGAAAAACUGGAAAGCAUUUCUGAGCUGAAGGAUGUCUAGGUUGACUUAGUUCGCUUGCUGCCACCAUGACCAGACCUCGUAUAAGCAGAAGGAGAUGGAUUGAUGGUUUGAUAGAGUCGAUGUGAGUCGAGCUAGAACCAGAUAGCAGAAAAGCAUCAUUAGUGUCUGACAUUACAAAGAUAGGCCUUUUAUUAAAAGGAAAGAGAUUUGUAUGAACAAAAAGAGCAGUAACUUUGGCCUCUGCAAAGCCACUAGAUUCCUGGCUUAUUCAAACUGUUUCAAGGCGUGAUAUUUCCGCCCACAAAGGUGUAAGGGGGGACCAAGUGAUUCGCCCUAUGUGCUAGCUUUUAACUAAAGUGUUAAGCCUGAUUCAUGCCUCGGUGUCAGAGCUAUCAUGCAAUGUCCAAAUAGCCCUUAACCCGACAUAGAGGCCCACUUUGCAGACUGCAGGAAAGUUCACUGUGUAGCUCUGUGUAACUGCCAGUCUGUUAGAAUUUUUAAAGGCAUAUUGUAUGCACUGUAUAGAUUGAUAAAUUGCUGCAACUAAAAAUGUUGGACAUGCAUUAUCUAUCCAUGUCUCUUUCAGUGGCCAAAUGAGUGCAACAAAUGUCCCCGUUCACUGCCUCAGCUGAUUCAGCUGCUGUACUUUCCAUCUCCUCAAUUGUCCUAUGUCCUCUGGAACUAGCAUAAAAAUCACACUGCUGGGUAGCAUUUUGGAAGAGUAUUACAGAGUAUUGCCGGCUUGCCAACACAGUAGUGCAAACCCUUCAAGUGCAGCAUAUUCACGGUCUAGACUUGACUCAGAAUCUAAAUGAUAUCAUGUCCUAGUUCUGACUUAUUUUGAUGACCCAACAGUUCACCUAAAAAAACUGACGUUGCCUAAUAAACGCUUGUCCUCUGCAAAUUGAAAUUCCUUUUUUUGUCAGUUAACUCUGGUGGCUUUGAAGGAGAAUUGCAAUGGCUUCAUAGGCGCAAAAGGUGCAUUCAGACAUUUAAGAUAGCAGUCUGUCAAUGAUAAAGACCACAACUUUGGUGACAUACUUUGAUUAGGAUAAUUUCUUCAAAAGGAUGAUGUCGCAUCUUUUACAGCUGAUUUUGCUGUGACUAGCUAAUGUAAUCUAUUGGAACAAUAGUAAAACACCCUGUACCUAUAAACAGUUUAGAUCCCAAGGUAUGAAAAUAAAAGGACCCAGGCUUAACAUACCCAGAGUUCCUUUAUGAAACACAAGAGAAGAUCAGUUUCCAUCAGAAGUAAAGUCAGAUUAAACCUUGUAUACUGUAGGACUGUUGAUUUUUUUAAGAAAUACUUAACAGGCACUUUUUACUUCUUGCUUUAUGCAAGUGCAAAACUCAUAUCAUGAAAUAAGAUAAACAACUCACCUCAUCUUUUGAAUUUUUAGCGCAGUAUUUAACACUAAAGAGGAUAGGACUUAGAUAAAUAACAGAGCAGUUGAUCUGCAGCCUGCAUAGCAUCGCACAAGAGCAGCUUUUUCCCUUCAAACUAUGAGCAAGAUGUUGAUAGAAUAUUUCUUUUAGUUUCUUUUUAAGACCGGUGGCAUUACAGGGUAUAUUUCUAUAUGUGAUGCUAAGUUUGUACAUAUAUAUACGCACUGUAUAUACAGUAAACCAGUGUAUGCAAACAAUGUUUGUAAGUGUCGUAGUCGGAUGCAUUUGUAGAUUGCUGACAUGGCAUGCAUUGUCAACAGCUUACACAUUUGAUUGUGUAUAUUACACCAUACCAAUUGUGUAUUGUUGGAUCUUGUACAUGAUGAUGCUGUUGUAUUGGAAUGAUGGUGCAAUAUUUGAUCUCUUGUUUUGAUACUGUCUGCAGCUUUUUGACAUGUCGUUUCUCAGUGAGGGGAAGAAGAUGAACAUUGAAAGAAUUGUUUUGUACGUUAGGGGAUUAUAGGUUUUAAAAGUUAAACCCGUUAGACAGAUUCCUUUUUCUUACGGACUCCAAAUUUCUUCCAGUGUUUCACUCGUUUGUAGUUUUGCUCCUCCGUGCUUCCAAGACGAUUCACUGAAGUCAGACUCUGUCAAUGAAUGAGAUGAGUGGGCAGACAUGACUGUUGUGUUAAUGUGUUUUUUGUACAUCAUGGUGUGUGUAUUGUGUGCAUUUGGGUGCGUCUACUACGACAGUGGCAUAUUUUACCAUAUCAACAAUUGUAUCCAUACCAUUGCCAACUGAUUUGAUCAACUUUGAUCAAUGUGUUUUCCUGACUUUAGAAGAUAAUUUGCUGCUUUAUGUUGUUUUUAACUCUGCCUUUUUUCUCUCUAGUAUUUCAGUUUCUUUUUGAUGGCAACACUUUGCAAUAAGGUACAAAGAAUGGGCAAAGUAAGAGGGUAAUGAAUGAAUAACUAACUAUGACUUUACCCGGGAGCAAACAAGCAGAAGUGGGAUGUAGGAUUGGGUGGUGUCAUAUUUUUAGUACCCUUAAAACUUCCAAAAAUUUCUCAUGUUGUAUGGCGUUACUGCCAUGUGAAUACAAAUCAUAUUAUUCAAUAAGCAGGACAGCAGGACAGAGCAAGUACCAAGCAGUGGGCAGGGAAAUAUACGUAAAACAUCAGUUACUUAUAGCAUAUUUGUAAUGUGUUGAAGUUGUACUACGUAAUUUGCAUUGUCUCUAUCAAAUUAGUCUUGUCUUUAUUCAUAAUCAGUCCUUGCACAGUCCUUACCCUGUUUUAGGAUGGAAAUUUGUUAAUUGUCCAUCCUCAAACUUUAAAUUGUGUGUUUUAAGGACUGAAGUUUAAGGUCUGAACUACAUCUAAAUAUAUUGGUACUGGCUAAAAUUAAUUUGUCAGAUACUGGAUAUCAAAGAGAGACAGACUAUAUUGCUGACAGUCAUAUUGCAAUAAGUGGUGCAGACUUCUGGAGUGACCAUAGUGCAAUGCCAUCCAUGACAUUCGAGUAUGCCAAAUUUAAAUAGUGAGUCCUUUCAUAACAAUUUCAUAACAGGGUCUCAAUUUGACAAAGAUAAAAUAAGAUAAACUUUAAUUGGCCCCUUUUUGGGGAAAUUAUUUCAAAGGAGAACCACAUCACUAACCGGAGUUCUGUUAUCACUUUUAGAACAUCUUCAAAGGUUGUGCUGCUGAUGCUGGAAAUAGACAUACACCUUUAUCCAUUUAUUGUUAACAUCCUUACAUUACAUAACAGAUUCCAAUAGUGGUAUUUAAAGAAAUGCUGUGACUUUUUUAAAUGCCGUUGGAUAUGAUAUUACUUUAUUACUGCCCCCUGGUAUUCCAUUAGCGACAGUGUUAACUUCAGUAAUGUUUAUCCAAAAUGUGGUUGAUUCUAAUUUAUUUCCAGAAUGCUGAAUCAGUGAGAAUAUUGUCUUUCAAAAUAAGCUGUUGUAGGCCCAAUUUCUGUUUCCCUUUCGCAAAGAAGCUCUCCAAUGAUAUUUGUUUUUUACUCAUGUUAGCAAGCUUAAGGGCUUAAGAACAGGAAGCUGGAUGCUCUUACUUAAAAGAUUGUAAUGGAAUCAGAAUUUCAUGGAUAUUCAAAGCCUCAAUCCUGGUUCUGACUUGCCCCUCAAAACAGAGUCACAAGGAGUAGUGGUGCUAUCUUCCUCCCUGAAAUGGGCCGACCCUUCAUGUUCCUGAUAGUUGUUACUGACAGCAUUUACAUAAAUAGACACAACAAAUCCAGUUAUUUCUACUUUGAAUGAUUUUUAAAUGCUUGUUUGUAAUCAUAAUGCAUUAAAACAACAUUAAAUUAUCAUAUCAUAUAAUUGCUGUUGUUAAUUUAAGGUAUGUAUUUAGGAGAUUUAUAACAGUAUCCCUCUGCAAAGUCUAUCUUUAAAGGCUCAUGUAGCGCCAGUAAUUCAUCCUACCCCACCAUUCCAACAAGAAUCAGACACCUACUCCUACAUGAACAUGGGAAAUGUAGGGUUCCACCAAUGUAAAGCAGUUAGUUACCUAUCCAUUACCUGGUUACUUUGUCAAUGUUUGCAUACCUCACUGUAAAAUGUUGCCCCCUUGACAGAGUGCAAACAUGCAAUGAAACUUCCUAAACGAUGCUAGAAUGUAAGUGAGUGAAACUCAAUGGUGUAAUGCCUCUAAUGUCCCACCAGAGAGCUCUAUUACAUCUCACAUCAGCUGUGUCAAACAUGCUGCAUUCAACAAACUGGCAUACGGUGUGUUAAAUCAGUUAGUCUUUGAGUUAAAUUACAAUCCUGGAAAAUAUUCUGCAUGUAUGUAUGAUUCUGCAACUCCUAGCCAAAGAUUGUGAUAGCUUCAAGAAUUAUGAAUUUAGAAAUACAAUACAUUUUCCCCUUUUAUUCCUCUUCUGCAAGCACUGCCUUUUAUGAAUAAGUUUAAUCAGACUUAUUGUUAAAUGACAGUUGGCCUUUUGCUAGCCAGGAACUCUGGAAUUGAAGCCUUGAAGUCAGAAUUGAAGUCAGUAUAAAAGCAGCAGUGUGGAUCUGCUGAAUGCUGCCUUGCCCCUGUAGAGCUCCAUAAGCUUCCUCUCUCAUAUUUAAUUUCUUUCAUUCUGCUCCUUAUUUGUGUACGUCUACAUUGCCGAUCUCUCAUGUGUCCAAAGUGUCUGCCGGGUUCUCUCAAUCUCGGGUGUUUCGGCCCCAGACUUGUGGCAAGAGAACGCUUGGCCUUUCCAUACAAAGUGGAGGUAGCCACCUUUUCUCCCUUUUUCCAGUUGUCUGUAAAUAAUGCUGCAAACUGCCUGGUUUGUGAAAACCAACCAAACCCAUGCAAGGAUCUCUAAAAAGAUGGGAUAACAUUAACAUUUUUCCUAAAGCGAUGGGAGAAAAGUGAGUUUCAUUUGUUUACAUUAUGUUUACAAUGGCACAGGUUUCAUUUUGAAGAAUAUGUAUGUAGGUAUAAACAAUAUUUGCAUAUUUAUUGCCUAAGGUUUAAUGACAUGAUGUGUAUUGUGUUUUCACAUUUGGAAUAUAAUGUUACAGUCGUCACAUGUAUUACUAUCUGGAUGAUUUUUGGUAAAUUAGUUGAUCAUUUUUAUGACUACUAAGUGACUGUUUUCUGUGCCUUUUUAUGGUUAGAAUGCAUGGUUAACUAUUUAUUACAAUUUGGAGUCACUGAGAUGUGUAUUUUUGUAUUCUGAAUAAAUCAAUGGUUCAGCUUUUGUUGUACAUUUUUAAGGUGCCUUAAAACAGGCUACCUAUUCAUAUCUCUCUUCUUCAAUAAAACCAAAUACAUAUGCAGCG